AUGGACUCUCCCCACCAGCGCAUCCGUAACAAAAUCGAGGAACUGAAUGACGAAAUUGGUGCCCUCACUGCACUCGAUCCUGAAUCCACGCCUCGGACGAUUGCAAAGCGACGAGACCUGUGCAACUACCUUGAUGAAAGUAUUGAUGCUCUGGCAAAGAAAAUUGAGCAAGGUCGUCCUCCAACGGAACAAGAUGAGGAACCGAGUCGCAAGGAGUGUCGUCAAGGGAAGGAGACAGAGGAUGAGAAGAGACUGGAUAAGCGCUGUUCGCAGAUCAUCGAGGCAUUUGACGAGGCACCUUUCAGUGCGCGCAAGUUCAAGACGACUCUUUUAGAGCACCCUGGGAGUGGUACCAAUGCAGAAAUUGAGGAUCGGGCGUUUCAACGGAUUAUACGAGGCUGGAAGGAUGAAGAGGUAGCUUGGACCGCGAUGCUACAGCCUCUUGUUAAAGAGCGAGCGGACUGGGAUGUGUUUUGCGAGCGUGGAAUGACCAGUGAGGGUAUCGAGGAUGUGGGCAACCAGCUUAUUGCCAUCCAUCGGUUGCUGGUGUCGCAGGAAAAGGAUAGCUACGGCAAGGUCUGGGUUGCGACGGUGAUGCAGCUGGUCGAGAUUAUAAAGUUCAGCAAGAUCUGGAAGAAGCAUGACCAAGGGGCAGGGAGUCGUCAAUGGAAAAAGCAAUAUCUGGAGGCUGCAUGUCGGGACGAGAAUCCACGGCUUUACGAGCAACUAGAGAACGCGGUGGGGGCGCACAAGGCAGAAGUAAAGAAGAGAGUUGACGACAAGUACAAGCAGCUCAAGCGGCAUCAUCAACAUAUGAUGAAGACGCGGGACCCACUGGUGAUGAUGUAUGACCGAUUUGGUGCGGGCGUAUUCAUGGAUCGAGUUUGGGAUCCGAGGGACCAACGACGCAGUGGAGAUUAUGCUGAUCUCGUUGAGUGCAUUUGUGGAGAGAAAAAGUCGGACGCAGCGGCGAAGAGGGCGGAGAGCGCAGUUUCACUCGAGCAGGCGCUCAAGGUGUUGGCAACAGAAAAGGUUGUCACUUAUGUCACAGCGUUUCUCCGAGCGUAUCCAUCACAUGAUUAA